ACGUCAUAUUUUUUUAAUGUGUCAACUUUUUUUCGUACAAUUUUUUUAUUUAUAUAAAGAAAAACAUAUUUCGAAGUAAAAUAUAAAUUUGAUAAAAUAAUGGCUGCUAAUCCGUUUGGCCCUCCGCCGGAGCUAUACGGAUAUCAAACAUUGUGGCACAGUAUAGGUAAUUACAUGGCUAGACUAGAACAAUAUGAACGAUCGAUGCCCUUUUUUGACGAAGCUGUUUUAAAAUGUCCAAACGAUAAAAAAAUCUUAGUCGAUAGAGGAAAAGUAUUGGGCAAGCUGUGUUUCUUCAAAAGAGCUUUAGAAGAUAUAAACAAAGCUAUAGAUUUGGAUCCGGAUGAUUUGGUUUCCUUGGCUGAAAGAUCCCACGCGAUUUAUCUGAGCUGCGAAUUCGAAGAUGCUAUCGUACAAAAUUACAGACUGCUGCCAUUGCGAAAAAAACCGGAUCAUUUUUCGAUGGGAAUCAGAAAAUGUUCCAUAGCUAUCCAGAAUUGCUUAGGAGAUGUUGCUGGUUGUCCGUUGAGGGAUCACUUCCUAAUAAUAAGGAAAUUAGCUUGGCUUGAGAAUUUCAAUGCCGGUAGACGAGUUGCUUUUGUAGCUAAGAAUAAAAAAAUUAAAAAACCCAAAAAGAUGAUCCGUAAGCAAAAAAAAACUGAUACGGGAAAAGAGGAUGUGGAUGAAGAGAUGAAAAUAUGGGAUAGCCUCCACAGUCACGAACUCGAUAAAUUUGCUAUACCACCUUUACAAAAAAGUUUCAAUUUUUCCCCGCUGCAGAGAUAUACAACUAAUAUCGAAAAUUACAUGGCAGAAACGUAUUUGGAACGAAUGUAUAAAGAAAAAGUGUUUCUUAAAGAGUUAUCUGAUAUACCUGGGAUAAAGUGUCCCAAUGAAACAGGUGUGAAAAAAAUCAAAGAAAUCAUAAAAGAUUGUUAUAGCACUGUGUAUGGUAAACAAGAAGUAUUACGAACGAGGCGACCUUUCUAUACCGUAAAAUACCAACAAGCUAAAAUAUCUGGCGCCCUUAAAGACAGAUUAGAAGCAGAAUUAUCCCUUCAUCAAGAUAAUACUAGAAAAGAAGCGGACAAGAUUUGUGUUAGACUCCGUGCUGCUUUAAAAGAACGCAAUCUUAACGGUCUUCUUGAACUCGUCGAAAAACUAAAACUGUAUUGCGACAACAAAUCGAAACGAUUACUUCCCGAAAAGCAAUCGUACCUAAAUUUGGUUUACGAAAGUGUAAGGGACGGUUUCUAUAUGUUAAAUAGACUCAACCCAGAUCAACCGAAAUGGGAACAAGAAAAAAGGAUUUUGUUAUCGUUAGGGCAACCCAUUAGUAAAGAUCCUUCACGAGAUUCGGUUAUUGAAGUUUAUCGCGCGCCGCUUAUUGAUUACAAUCAACAAAUUCAGUUGUUUGAAAAUAGAUUAGAAGCAGCGGAAAAUGAUGAUGAGACGUUAUGGUAUUAUUAUGAAUUAGCGAGGUAUCAUAUGAUGGCGAAACAUUACGACGCAGCGAGAUCAUAUUGUAUGAGAGGAAUAAAUUUAUCUGAAAAAAAUGAAGAAAAUCGUUGGUAUGUAAAUUUGACUGUACUAAUGAUGAGGAUUUGCAUAAGGCAAUUGAAUAAAAACGACGCUAUAGCAGAAGCGACUAAAGGCAUUGCCGCCGCUAAAAAAAUUGCAGACCAGAAAUUGAAACAGUACUUGGAAAGGUGUAUAGCUGUUAUAAAUGAAAUCGAACUGGACGACUUGAGCGGAAAGAAACAAUUACAAAGAAGACAAGCGAAAAUUUUGGCGAUGAUGCAAAGCGAUAAAAUUAGAUCGGAAUUUUCACACUUAUUCCGUACCAUGUCGGCUUUACCAGCUAGCAGAAGAAUGAACAUUAUACCAGGAGCGUCGAUAAAGAAAGAUAAGACCGAUAAAGUACUCGACAGAAAUAGAUCCAAUAAAUCGUUUGCGAUGGAAGACGAAAGUUUCAGUACACAGUCAGCACCUAAGGGAGCCAAUUUCAUUAGUUUAGUGCAAUAUCAUAUUUAAAAAUACAUAAUUAUAAAUAAUUACAGGCGCAAAAUAAAAAUAUUAUGUCUAA